CACUCUAAAAACAACUACCCUCUAGAACGCCAGCCCCCGCUCAACUUUGCCUAAUACAUCCUGUCAUCUUCCCUUCCCAUACCAGUGCCAAUCACUGAGUGCUCAACGCCAUCAACCUUUUCAUCACGGAAACGCAGCUCCCUUCCCUCUAAUCCUCUCCAGCCAGCUAUCAACUCUCCUCCUCUCCACCUUUUCCAUUCACCUCUUAUUUGCUAUAGCACCGGCUCUACACUUCCAGAAGGGCCUCCACCAUGUCUUUUCUCUUCGGCAGAAACCGUCAAAAGACUCCCCAGGACCUUGUGCGGGCCGUUCGGGAGUCUAUCUCACGAAUGGAUGUCCACUUAGAGAGACGCCGUGCAUCCGAAGACGUCUCGCGGCUACUUGCUCAGAUGAAGGUUGUCCUACAAGGGAAUGCAGAAACGGAUCCAAUUCCAGAUCAGGUUCAGAUGUUAGCCCUGGAAGUCUACGCAAUAGAUUUACUCCCAUUGCUUGCGAAUAACAUGGCUCGAUUGGACUUUGAGGCCAAGAAGGAUGUGACUGCACUAUUCAAUGGCCUCCUUCGAUACUGCCCACAGCCUAUUAGUCGCUUUCCCACCGUUGACUACCUCCAUACCAACCGUCCGGACACCUUAAUCACCUUGGUCAAGGGGUACGAAAACAAAGAUGUGGCCAACAAUUGUGGGACAAUUCUUCGAGAAAGCUUUAAGCAUCAGGCUUUGGCACACGUUGUACUUUAUGACGAGAUAUUCUGGAGGUUCUUUGAUUAUGUUCAGGGUGGCAGCUUUGACAUCGCGAGCGACGCUUUUGCCACUUUCAGAGAGCUAUUGACCAAGCAUAAGCCACUAGUAGCUCAGUUUCUCGGCCAGAACUACGUUAGAUUCUUUUUGAAAUACAAUACACUUUUAGUGUCGCCGAACUAUGUUACCAAACGGCAGUCGAUUAAGCUUCUUGGGGAGAUUCUUCUAGAUAGGGCGAACUACAACAUAAUGCUUGCUUACGUGGAUUCUCCGGAUCACUUGAAGUUGACGAUGAAUUUAUUACGUGAUAAGAGUAAGAACAUUCAGUAUGAAGCGUUCCACGUUUUCAAGGUCUUUGUGGCGAACCCAAAGAAGUCCAAGCCUGUGCAAGAAAUUCUGUUGAAGAAUCGAGAGAAACUUCUAGCUUUCCUGCCCAAAUUUCACGACGAUCGCCGAGAGGACGAACAAUUCAUCGAUGAAAAGGGUUUCCUGAUGAAGCAGAUAAUUGAGUUGGGAAAUCAACCGCAACAGCCCCAAGGCGCAGUUUUCGCAUGAUACAGUAGCUUGAUGAAUUUUCGGCCAUGAUUGUGACUAUCGUUUGGGGUUGAUUGCUAUUUUUUCUUUCUUCCUUCCCCUUUCUUUUUUCUCUAUUUGAACGGCUGUCACUAUGUGGGAUACGGGGCGAAAUAUUAUACGACAGUGACGAGAGUGAUGAUGGCCAUGACCAACGUAAUGGCGUGUAAGAAAUGAUCUUACCAGUCACGAUAACUCGGCUUGGGGUUGCAAUGGUAUUUUAUACCAGAGGCGGAACUUAGCGCAAUUACAACAUGUCAGUCACUAUGCUGCUUCUGGAUAUCGACACUUUUGGUUUUUCUUUCUCCUUCUGUUCCCUCUUUUUCUUUCUUCUGUUUUCGCCUUACUAGCUUAGGUACGGCAUUAUCUUGGAUAACCGCGUCCGCAAAGCUCCCAUACCGAAACUUUUUUCGUAUGGUAAUGUCCAAGCGUUUUUUAAACGAACUGCUAUUGCAUGCCCCCAGAAAGGCCGGAUUUUGGUGGUAUGCAAUAGCAGGGAGUCCUUUUUAAAAAACUCUUCGACGUUAUGAACUCUAUCAUAAUAUUAUCAUAUAUGCUGCAAACUAUUAUGUGGAAGAGGCCUCAAUAUAAAUAGAUGGAGUGGAGGGUUGUGCCGAGAGAGCGAGGAGAUGUCAACAUAGGUUAAUGGCGAGGCUUGGCGGCCCGGUUCC